AUGGAUGCUGCAGUAGUUAGACACAUUUCUACAGCACACAGCCAAGACGGAAGGCUGGCACUAUGCCGCCAGCCCUGUCAAUUGAGUAGUGGCCAGGAGAUCAAGAUCGCACGGGGUCUGCCGGAAAGGCCUACCUUCGAUUCCCCCCGGCCUAAGCCCCCGGCUUUUCUAUAG